CGCUGAUCUGAGUGAAACCACUGUUGUGCAUGAAGUCGGGCCUUUAAUUUUGAUUCCCAAAGAAGCAUUCAAAGUUGCGUCUGAAUUAACAAGACUACUUCUGUACACAUCUUGGAUACACGUGAGACUGUCAAAAAAAAAUUGCGGAACUGAGCUGAGAUUUGGAACAAUGUCAGGGGAUUCUUUUGCUAGGAAUCAUCUGGAGAAGUAUGGCUGGGAAAAGGGAAAAGGACUUGGACGAACAGAGACAGGAAUCUCAGAUGCAAUCAAGCCAAAGCUGAAGUUUGAUAAAGCAGGAAUUGGUCAUGAUGUUGGAGAGCAGUUUUCUUUCCAUUGGUGGGACCAUGUCUUCAAUCAAGCUGCCAAGAACAUCCAUGUUGAAAACACAGAGGAGGGUGUGCAGGUGAAGAAGGGAACCAAAUCUACUCUCAUCUCCAACAAGAGAAGUACUCAUGAAAACAAGAAGAAACCAACUCUUCUCUAUGGUGCAUUUGUGAAGCGUGGAACUCUAAAUCCCGAUGGGGCCAUCUCUCAGGAUAAAGACUCCACCUCCUCCAGUGAUGAGAGUGACGACGAGAACGACAAACCUCCGGAAACAUAUGAAGGCAACGAUGAGAUGCUAUUCAAGGCUUGUGGAGGUCGUACAGCACACAAGGGUGCAAGGCAUGGCCUUCUUCUGUCAGGGAAGCUUCAGCGGAUUGAACAGCAGGAGAAUUACCAUAGCAAGCAGGUAAACAAAAAGGAAAGAAAGGGACUGUCUGCCCCCGAUGAGAUGGAGACAGAAAGCAGUCGCACAAAGAAGAAAAGGAAAAAGAAGACGAGAAGGAAUGAAGAGGAGAUUGAAAGGGAUGGUUUGAUGGACAGAGGAGUCAAGGACAGAAUAGAAGAAGAAAUGGAGGGAGAUGAGGAUGACGUAGAGAAGAUACAACGCAAGAAGAAAAAGAAGAAACAUAAAGGAACAAAUCCUGAGUCUUUGGAGGACACUCCUGUACAUGCUAUCAAUGAAGAUGGGAUGAGUAGUAGCGUUAGCUCUUCCGGGGUUGGAUUGAAGGGAAAUGACGAUUUAUGUCCUGUGCAUUCGACGAAGAAGAAACGGAAGAAAGGAAAGAAAUCCAAGAUGAAUGUGGAGAUGGUAGAAGGUGAGACGCACAAUGACAAUGUCUCGAACGAGGGAGCCGAUGCCGAUCGUCCUAAGAGGAAGAAGAAAGCCAAGAAGGAAAAGAGGAAAGUGGAGAUGGACAGAGAUGUUGAAAACGGUGACACAUCAGGGAAUAGAAAAGGACACCGUUCAUCAGGAAGGAAAGAUAGAUCAGAAAAUUAUGAGUGUAUACAAGGUGGAAAUCAUGAAGAGGUUAUUAAAACUAAGAAGAAAGAUGUAAAGAAGAGUGGGAAAAGACGAAAGCAGGCAGAAGACGAGGAAGCUUUCAACACUUCCUCAGUGAACCAAGGGCAUGAUAAACAUACAUGCAAUGGUGUCUCUAAGAAGAAAAAGAAAAGAAAAUCAGACAAUGCACUAUUAGGGUCAUAGAAUUGAUUAUAAGAAGAAUUUCAUGCAUAUAUGUGAUAAUGUAGUCACGCCUACGAAACCAACUCGAGACCAUUCAAAUAUAUUAUUUCCAAAGAAAUAUGUGGCCCGAAUUCACAAAGGUCAUACCCACGGUUUAUGCUAAUUUCCUGUAUAGAUUACACUCAACGUAACGUGUAUAUGUAAAAUUUUCUAAUACUGAUGCACGCUUUAGUCACAGAUCGCCAAAUUGAUGUCUGUUGCCAUGGUUAAGUACUGUUUAAAAACAGUAGACUCAUGAAUAACAUAGCAAACGUAUUGCCUAUUAGAACCAGGUUUUACCUGUACAAAGUCUAUGGGGAUGACAGAAUUCAAUGGGUUAACCAUGGUAACAGGUGUCAAUUUGGCACACUGACAAAAGCGUGAAUCAGUAUUUUACAUUUUUUGUAAUAUAUGUGAUAAAUAAGCCUAAUUUAUACAGGAAAUCUGCAUACACCAUGGGUUCAUCCAAUGGUUUAUUCAGUGGUUUUCAAAACUGCUUUUAUGAAUUCGGGCCUAUUUAAUUUUGGUCAGUUCGGAGUUGGUGUGACUAUAGAAAAGACUUGACCCAUUCCUUAGAUUUUUAUGUUGCAAUUAUUUUGACUCCAGGUCCUUUUGACACAAACACUUGCAAUUGAUUACAAAUAUGAACAAAUGUGAACCAAAUGCAAAGUCGUCUAUUGACCAUUAUUAACCUCUGGGUUAUGCUACUCUGAUUUGAAGGAGUUAUAGGAAUGAAAAUGGAAUUGAUAUGUUUAUACCACUUUAAUUCUGGGUUAAGGGUGCAUUGUUGUUUAUAAACUUAUAUCUCUGCAUGAAUAUGCCCCGAGUUGCGAUUGAUCAGAUCAACCAAAACAAGGGAAAGUCAGCAACGUCAACAUCUAAGUUGCAUGUUUUCGAUUCAUACAUUCGUUUUCUUGAAAAUUCACCGUGCUUCUUAGUUUUACAGAGGACAUUGUGCAAAUUUCCUGUAGAAAUAUGACAUUAAUGGAUUUCCAUGAGGUUGAUCGGAUCAAUCGUAACUCUUUGUAAGAUGGGGGCCAGGGGUAUAGAUUAUGUUUACAUUUUCCACACUCAUUCCCUUGACUUACUAUUUGUUCCCUCCACUAACUAGCAUUUACAAGUUAAAAAGAGAAAUAUCCGAGCAUAACACUGACAUUUUUAUUGAAAUCGGAUAUAAAGUAAUAAAGUUAUGACAUUUUAGAUAUUCACCUAAUUUCACAAAACAGAUGCACAUCCUGGUCAGCAUUCAAAUGAGGAGACUGAUGUCAUCCCCACCCACUACUUCUUUUUGUAUUUUAUUAUAUGAAAUUUUCUAAUUUUCUCCUCAUUGUCAAGUGAACAAUGAUUAAUUCCUCCAUGAACACGUGGAAUUAGCAUUGUUUGAUACUAAAUGGUUCAGUCAUGUUGGUCCUUUUUGUUAAAUCUGUAAAAAAUGAAAUAUUGUAUAAUUCAAACAAUAGAAAACAAAAGAAAUAGUGAGGGACAUCAUCGACUGUCUCAUUUGCAUGUCACUGCUUUGUGGAAAAUGUCAUAACUUUCUUAUUUUACAUCCGAUUUUGAUUAAAUAUUUCAGCGUUAUGCUAGUUUGAUUUUUCUCUAUUCAAAUCUGUAAAAAAUGAAAUAUUGUAUAAUUCAAACAAUAGAAAACAAAAGAAAUAGUGAGGGACAUCGUCGACCGUCUCAUUUGCAUGUCACUGCUAUGUGAAAUUUCAGCGUUAUGCUAGUUUGAAUUUUCUCUAUUUAUUCAAAUCAACAUUUUUCUGGGGUGGACUUUACCUUCAAGGGAAUGACGAGUUUGUAGCGGGAAACAGACAAAAUGUCAUGCACUUUUGGGGCUCUGUACUGGGGUCCAUUACAGAGAGAGUUUCAAUUGAUCGCAACUUUACUUUCAGUCAACGAGAACUGUGUGUGAUGCUUUGAAUUUAUGUUGAAAAGCUUGGGCAUCAUAAUAAUUAUAAUAUAUACUUGCUUAUA